AUGUGGAGGUUUAACCAUUGGGCUUAUGUCGACAUCUUUGUCUACUUUUCCCAUUAUUGUGUCACCAUUCCGCCUGUUGGCUACAUUCACGCCGCCCACAAGCAUGGCGCCCUCGUCUUGGGCACCCUCAUUUUUGAGUGGGAGAAGGGCGCCAAGGAACUGCAAAACAUCCUGGUUAGCUUCAAGACCCGCGCGAGAGCUGCCAGUCAGUUGGCUUCAAUUGCCAAAUUUUAUGGCUUUGAUGGAUGGCUCGUCAAUGUCGAGGUUGAACUUCCGGGCGGAUCUUCGGCCGCUUCCGAUUUGGCCGCUUUUGUUGGCGAUCUCACACGUGCUACCAGGAAGAUUGUCGGCCUCGUCUCUGAGGUCAUCUGGUAUGACUCUGUCACCCGCGAUGGCUCCCUCAGGUGGCAGAAUGAAUUGAAUCAGGACAAUGAACAGUUUUUCAAAGCAGCCGGCUCUAUCUUCACAAACUACCAUUGGGACAGAAACGCCCCUGUCCGAUCCGCUGUCAAAGCCGGCACCAGACGCACCGAUGUCUUCACUGGCAUCGACAUUCAUGGCAGGAAGACGUAUGGCGGCGGUGGAUUCCAAGCCCACUUGGCCUUGCGCGCUAUCAAGCAAGGCGGCACGUCUGCAGCGCUUUUCGCCCCGGCAUGGACCGUUGAAAAGUGCCCGCCCAAUGUAUCCGAUCCUCGCGAACUUGAAGACCGCUUCUGGACCGGCCCAUCCGGUCGUUUUGGACGCGAGUCUGUCGCUCAGUACUUCAAGGAACGCCCGGUGCUUACUCAGAUUCCUUUCUCUACCUCUUUUGAUCCGGGAUGGGGACCACGUCUUAUGGAAAAGGGAGUCGUCAAGUCUCCCGACCGAUAUUUUAAUAUGGCUCAGCAGCAUAUCCAACCGUCUUUUAUGCGCACAUAUGUUGCCGCCGGUGACGUUUCUGCUUCAGAGCUCUGUCUUUCUCACGAAGAAGCAUUCAAUGGUUCGGCUUCCAUCAAGACUCGCUUUGCCUUUUCAGAGUCUCGUAUGCUGUCGGGUUCCUUCGCAAUUCUUCGCUUGCUUGUCGCGAACCUUACCUUCCCCACACGCCUGUCUUCAAGGAUCACAAAAUCUCAAGAAGGCGCAAUUCGCGUAUCCUACAGUUAUUUGGCCAAGUCAGAAAAGGACCCAAUCUCCGCAGGGGAUGACUUUGGUUUGGUUUUCAUGGUCUCCUCUCCACCGGGAGCUCUUCUCCUCGUUGGUGAAAACUCAAAAUGGAAUGACCGCAAGGGUGAUGCUGCUGGUCAUCGCAUCGUGUCACGUAUGCAGAUCCUUGGCAAGUUUGUCAACUUUGAGGUCGUCGUGGCAACCUCAGAUCAAGCAGCAAUUGGUGCACCCCCUGCGGGAGAUGGCACCACGGGGUGGAAGACGCGGUCAUUCAUUCUAGAGGGGUCUCUUACGUCAGGGCAAAGACUGGGAGAAGUAAUGAUCAUCACGGGUGGCCCACCCCAGCAGCCGAUAUCAGUGAAUCCCUCACCAUUCAUAUCACCGUCCGUUUCCCGAGGCAUCUCGAGAGUCGGUUCCCGAUCAGCUUCGCGCAUUGGAUCCGCUGCGACAUCUCGUGCAAACUCCCCACCGCGUCGCGGGUAUGAUCGGGAGGACAGUAUGGGCUAUCGCAACCGGGGUCUCGCCACGGUUGGCGACUCUGGGACGCCAGCAAGGACUGGCGAUGCUGAUGGAGACGAUUUUGGUAGCGAUUUGCUCAGCAAGUACAGGCAGUCAUUUGGGCCACGGCGACCGAGUGAGUCUGGAAUUUCGCGGGGGCAACGACCCGAAGCUGUGCAGUCGAUUGGUGUAGGCUUUGAUAGAAGGCAAAUUUCGGGGGGGUGGUUACAACGAGGGCUGGAUGGUGAUGAUGAGAGGGCUUACGACAAUCAGAAUCGGCUCUCAUACCACCCUAGAAUGCCCGAGGCCAGAGCGGAUCGCGGGGAUCGAGAGGUGCAGUACGCAGAGCCAAGGGCUCUUGUUGGUGGGCAGCGGGCAUCGAGUUAUGCGCACAACUUCCAAGUCGACGGUACAAUCGACUAUGGCGAGAUGGAAGAGGACGACCAAGGAAUGUACUCAGCGAGCACGUCGCGAGCGCUGAGUCGAUUGGGUUCUAGGUUGCAGACGCCUAUAGGUAGCCGGCCUCUAUCUCGAUUCGGGUCUCGCCUUGGUUCUUUGCAUGGAUCGAGAUCGGGAUCCAUGGCGGGGUCUAGAUUAGGGUCCAGAGUGGGGUCUAUGGCGGGGUCAAGGACCGGAUCUUUUGCAAACUCACUCGCCAAUUCAAGAGCGGGAUCGCGGCAGGGGUCUCGAUUUGCAAGCCCUUCGAUGACGCCUCACAGUGGUGGUGGCGGUGCCAUGCCCCUUAGUGACAGCAUGCGACGACUAUCUACGCGCGGCAUGAUUCCAGCAUCUGGGACAGAAUUUGACAGGCAAGAAUUUGACAGGCAAGGAGAAGCCGCGAGCGGGAUGGCGACGCCGUCGCGCUCGAACGCGGCUUUGAGCGAUUUGAAAUCAGCGCUGAUGCAGGCGGCAGGAUCCAUGGCAGGGGAGGCUGCCGAGGGCAGACCAAAAGUGGUUGGAAGUGUGUCGACGAAGAGCUGCAUUGUGUACCUGGGGGAGCUGUCCAUCGAGGUGAUCACGGACACUGACAAAUCAAUGCCAGCGUUAUUUGACGGCUCAACGUGUAGAUAG